AGAGGGAGAGAAACUGCCACAGAGCUCUGGGAGACACUGAGACCCCCCCAGCACACACAGAGACCCUCCCCAGGACGAGCCCUAUGGAGUUCACUGCCCUUCUGCUCCUGCUGGUGCUGGGCACAGGAACAAGUGCCCAGUUCACCACAGAGACCACCACCACAGAGACCACCACCACAGAGACAACCACCACUGAGACCACCACCACCACCACUGAGUCCACCACUGAGUCCACCACUGAGUCCACCACCACCCCCACAACCGUCACCCUCGUGACCUCCAGAAACAAAACAGGCAACGGGACCCAAAACACCUCCCACCCCUUGGUGUUCCCCACCAUGGGCAACAGCACCAACCCACCUGGCAAUGGCACAGCCAAGAGCACUGUGGUGCCUGUUCUCAUCAGCACUGGCCCCUCCCACCCCAACACCAGCACCACCAGCAACUCCACAGCUCCCACCACCGUCCCCACCACCAACACCGAUGGCAACAGGACCUCUCAGCUCAAGCCUACAAGGGAAACCUCUGGCACAGCCCCUGGGCAGCCUGCCACAGCUGUGCCAGGCAGCAGUGGCAGUGCCAACCCCAGCAAAGCUGCUUCUCUGGUGCCCACAGCUGUCCAGCUCCUCCUCCCUGUCCCUCUCUCCUUUCGUAUCCUCAACAGGAGCUUCAACGAGAGCCUGAGGGAUCCCACGUCCAGGGACUACAAGAGCCUCAGCUACACCGUCCUGACCAUGUUCAAACACGUCUUUGGCUGCUCGAGCUGCGUGGGAAGGGAAACCUACAAGGGCUGCAGCGAGCUGCAUUUCAGCCAAGGCUCAGUGCAGGUCCAAUCCACCCUGGUGUUUGGCCCUGGCAAUGACACAGUCACUGGGGCCACGGCUGAGCAGCAGCUGAGGAGCAAACUGAGCCCCGAGGGCUUCAUCGAGGGUCUGCAGCUGGAGAGCAUCUGGAGUCCCAUGGAGGUGACACCACUGGUGACAUCAGCAUCUGUGGUCCCAGACUGGGCCAUUGCUCUGCUGGUCCUGGUCUGCAUCCUGCUGCUGAUGAGCAUCCUCACCUGCCUGCUCAUGACCACCUGCACAUGCCACAGGAAGAGCAGAGGGAAGCUGGAUCUGCUCAGCACCAAGAGUUCCCAUCACCCCAUGGCUGAGUACCCACCCUACCAGAGCCACGGGAGCUACGAGCCCCCCACCAGCAAACCCAACCCCUACAGCCAGGUGGCCGGCAGCAGCAGCGCAGGGACCCCGGGUACCUUCACCUACACCAACCCCACUCCCCCCUCUGACAACCUCUGAGGGGAGGAGGGGGUCACCCCAACCCCUCCACACCCUCCCCUCCCCUUCCAUCCCCUUCCCCCAGCCCCAUUCCCACUGCCAGGGGGGGCAGCACCAGCCUCAGCUGCUGCUCAGCACCUCGGCAUGAGCAGGAUGCUGCUGGAGCAGCCUCUGGUUUAGGGGGGCACAGAGGGUCUGACACAGCUCCUGGCCUCGGGGGAGGGGGGUUGAGUUGAUUCCAGACCCCUCCUGCUUCGUGGGUGGGGGUCUGGGCUUGUUUCACCUCUGUUCUGCUCCAUGGGAAGGGCUUUGGGAUGAUUCCAGCCCCCCUCCUGCUCUGUGGGUGGGGGGCUGGGCUGAUUCCACCUCCUCCUGCCCCAUGGGAAGAGAUUUGGGAUGAUUCCACCUCCUCCUGCCCCAUGGGAAGAGAUUUGGGAUGAUUCCACCUCCUCCUGCCCCAUGGGAAGAGAUUUGGGAUGAUUCCACCUCCUCCUGCCCCAUGGGAAGAGAUUUGGGAUGAUUCCACCCCCCCUAUUGCUUUGUGGAUGGGGGUCUGGGCUUAUUCCAUCCCCUCCUGCUCCAUGGGUGGGGGGUUGGGCUUAUCCCACCCCCCUAUUGCUUUGUGAGUGGGGGUCUGAGCUUGUCCCACUCCCCUUCUCCACCACAGGAAGGUGUUUGGGCUGAUUCCACCUCUUCUCCUUCUCCAUGAGUGGGGGUCUGGGCUUAUUCCACCCCAUCCUGCUCCAUGGGAAGGGAUUUGGGGCAGAUUCCACCUACUAAUGCUCCAUGGAAAGGGAUUUGGGGCUGAUUCCACCCCAUCCUGCACCAUGGGAAGGGCUUUGGGAUGAUUCCACCCCCCUCCUGCUCCAUGGGUGGGGGUCUGGGCUUAUCCCACCCCCCUAUUGCUUUGUGGAUGGGGGUCUGGGCUGAUUCCACCUCCUCCUGCUCCAUGGGAAGGGUUUGGGGCUGAUUCCACCCCCUCCUGCACCACCAGCAGGGAUUUGGGACUGAUUCCCCCUCCUCCUGCCCCAUGGGUGAGGGACUGGGCUUAUUCCACCCCCUCCUGCUCCAUGGGAAGGGCUCUGGGCUUGUCCCACUCCCCUAUUGCUCCAUGGAAAGGAGUUUGGGGCUGAUUCCACCCCCUCCUGCACCACCAGCAGGGGUUUGGGCUGAUUCCACCUCCUCCUGCACCAUGGAAAGGGAUUUGGGGCUGAUUCCACCCCCUCCUGCACCACCAGCAGGGGUUUGGGCUGAUUCCACCUCCUCCUGCACCAUGGAAAGGGAUUUGGGGCUGAUUCCACCCCCUCCUGCCCCAUGGGUGAGGCUCUGACCUUGUCCCACCCCUCCUCCUCCUCCAUAGCGGGGACAUCGAUGCUCAUCCCGCUCCCUCAGGGCUCCCGUUGCUCUCUCCUCUCCAUUCUUCCCUCUCCCCUCGGGCUCGGGCUGGACCAGCCUCUAUUUAUCACCUUUCCCAAUAAAGCGAUGGGUGCAGCCGG